AUGGCGAAACGCAAGGCACCUGAAGAACUCUCCACUAAUUUGAAUACUAUCAAAGCUCGCAACCGCGUCUCCAACCUUACUGAAGAUGAGAAGGCUGUUCAUUUAGCACUCAAGGCUGACCAUGGCGAUCUGAGCUACUACUUAAAGAAGUUAUACAAGUCUGCAAAGUAUAUCGCUGCCUCUGCUGAAGACAAGACACGUCUACAGAAUGAAUUGAAGGUUGAGCGUAUUCGUGUUCGGACUGAAAAGGGCACCCAUGCAUCUUGCAUUGCGAAUCAGAAAGUCAAGAAUACUAGCGCCCCUUCUUCUUCUCCACAAGCCCCACCAUCUACUCCGCCACAACUUCUGUCUGAGCUUGCUGCAUUUGAGGGUAUCACCAGUAUCCCAAUCGAUGACGAUCAUAACAGCGAAUGGGAGGAUACUGAGGUUGAAGACGAUUUAGAGUUGGAGCUUAUGUUACGGCGCGACGAUAUUUUAAAUGACGAGGCUGUUCUACCAGAUGAGCUUUCUGAUGAAGAGAUCGCUAGCAUCCAGGCUCUCUUAACUCAAGCACGCAUUGAUGCCCAUGAAGAGUCCAAUUUCCGCAAGUGGCAACAUUUCUGGGAUAGCUGUAUCCGCUCAUAUACGAGAAAGGCUGGAAAGCUGAGAAAGAAGCGAGCAUCUCUUUGA